UCGAUUUCUUUAGGUUUUUUAAAAAAUUAGGUUUCGGAAUUCGAAGGUUAUUCACUGGAUUUGAAAGGUAGAAAAGGCUUUCAAUUUCUUUGAGUAAGAAAAAAAAAAAAUUAGGUUCUGGAGAGCAUUUACUGCGUUUGGAGCUACUCAAAGAUUUGUUAAUCUUGAAUGCUGGUUUGUGCGAGUGAGAUGGGAGUGGUAGAGAAUGAGAGUGAAGAACCCAACAUGAAGAGAGCAAAACAGAGUGAGAACAAUGAAGACAGGCUCAGUGAUUUGCCUGAUUGCGUUCUCAUUCACUUGAUGUCAUUUGUACCAACAAAAGACGCUAUUCGAACUUGCGUGUUGUCAAGAAGAUGGAAAAACCUCUGGAAGCAGCUUCCUUCGCUCAUUUUACAUUCCUCACAUUUCGGAUUAAAGGCACUUUUCUACAAAUUUGUGCCUAGGGUUCUCUCUUUCCGUGAUUACUCUGUUCCAGUCCACCAUUUUGACUUCGAUGUUAGUGGUCGUGUUCCUCCCCAACUUGUGAAAAGGGUUUUGAGAUAUGCUUUAUCGCAUAAUGUCCAGCAAUUAAAACUCUCUGUUGAUUGUGAUCUCGAUUUGCCACGUAGCUUAUUUUUCUGUCAGACAUUAACAUCACUUGAUCUUUCCGUUAACAGCAGAUUUAACUCACUUCCAAAAUCUCUGAACUUGCCAGCUUUAACUAGUUUGCGUCUUCAUAACUUUGUCUUCGGUGACGGUGAAUUGCUGGAGCCCUUUUCGUCAUGUACUAAGAUGAAGACUUUGGUCAUUGACAAUUGUGAUGUAAGGGAUACACAAACUCUUUGCAUUUCAAAUGCCACUCUUGUCAAUAUGACUGUAUGUUCUAUUAUAAGUCAAGCUUACAGCCUUGUGCUAUCAACUCCCAACCUUUGUUCUUUUGUUUUCUCGGGUAUUCCUGCUCAGCAAAUCUCUUUCUCCGUCAGCGUUCUUUCUUUAGUUAAAGAAGUAAAUAUUGAUGUUGAUAAUUGGUUCGUAUCACGUUACUUGGAAUCAGCUUUCAAAGGAGGAAAUAUUAAUGUUGGUGAAUGGGCAACAUCUUACUUGGAAACAGCUUUUACCAUGAAUUGUUGGCUGCAUACAUUUGCCAACGUAAGAACAUUAACACUCUCUUCAAGUACUCUUCAGAUUUUCUCCCUAGUCACAGAUUGGUUGAAUACUAAUACUUCCGCCCCUUGCUUGAGUAACUUGAAGUCAUUGAUAGUGAAAGUGAAGGAGCCUCCCUAUCAAAAGCCACGAAAAGCUUCCAAAUCAAGGAAAGCAAAAUUGAAACCGUAUUCUCCUGUGCCUGAGGGUGUAGUGGAUUACCUGAUUCAAAACUCCUCAUCUGCGCGGGUUACCAUCAUAGAUUUGCAAAGCCAUCGACGUUUGUUUUGUUGAAGUUUACAUGCCAUUUUGAGGAUAUAACUGGUGAAUAUUUGACUGGGCAGUAUUUGGGCGGUGAAAUGGGAGUUAGUGUGAUUGUCCGAACUGAUUGGUUUGCAAUGUUUUGCUGAGAUAUAAGAUCUUGUCUUAAUUUGUUUGAAUUAGACCAGAAGCUAGUUGAAAUAUUGGGUGGUGAAC